AUGAUGCAAAUUCAUUCAAAUGACGUUUUAGCUAAUGCUAGAUCUGAGUCAUUGAGUGUUGACGAUGAGGAUAAAGAUGACGUUUUUGAUGUAAUUAUAAAGCUAAGAAAAGAACUACUUGCUUCAGAUAGUGAUAGAUUUAUACAACAUCGCUCCUCAAUGAAUUUUGAAAACAGAUGGGUCUUGAGAUCCGCUCUGAACUUUGCAAGUGAUGGAGAAGUAGUCAGAGAAGUAGGUAGAGAGUUCCAGAGAAAAAGACCAGAAAAAGCAAAAGCAGAUUUGGCAAAAGAGUGUUUAACACGAGUUAAGAAGCGAGAAGAAGACGAUCGUAAACCGGGGAGUUUAGCCAGUGCAAGAGAACAAGAUAUGGAGAUAUAUGAGAAAAGAAAGGGGCACGAGCAACUAGACGAGCAGCAGAGUUAA